UGGAUAUUUAUCCUGGAGUUAUGGACCUAGAGGAGCCCGUAGUUGCAUCAUUCUUUGACUUCUAUGAAGACGGAGUUUUGGAUCUUCUGGUGACAACUAUGGUUGAUGAUAAACCCAUGAUCCAUGCUCUGGAGAAUUUCUUAAAUGAAGACGCAUGUUUUGUUAAAGUCUUAGUUCUUAGUGGUUUAUGUUUUUAUAAUUGUCCAGGUGAAGUAGAGCCAUAUGGUGUGAAUCAGCCUGGUCCUAUGAUCAACUACCAGACCACUGACCCGGAUGGAAAGCAGCGGUUCUCAGCAGCUGUCCAGUUGUCACAGUCUGCAUAUUUCUCUUUACAACUACCCUAUGUGGUGAUGGGAUUGGGACAAACACCCAAUUUUAUUGAUUACCUUACUGUAGGUAUACCUAACAAUGGUGAUUCAAGACAACAAACCUGGACUCAAAUAAUCCCCUGCUCGAAAGUGAUAGUAAUACCAUAUCCACCAGAUGAACCAGCAAACUGGAACAGUAAGAUAAUCGUGACACCGAGUCCAAUUGUUUAUAUGACAGCCGGUGUUCUGGCCGGAACAUGCAUUUUCAUUGCGGGUAUUGUGGGCAUUCUACAUUGGCGCGAAAAGAGAGAAGACAAGGAAGAGAAGCGUCAGGAAGCUCAUCGGUUCCAUUUUGACGCCAUGUAAACGCAAUGUGUUCCAAAUGAGCGUCAUCAGUGCGGGUGUCCCCCUUUAAACUACUCUUCUAUGAAUCUGUUACGAUAUUGGUAUACCACUAGGAUAUACUAUUAUCGUUUUUUGAAAGAUUGUCUAUUUAGUCUCAGAUAUUUGUUAUUGUUAUCUGAGAUUUUAGUUGAUAGUAUGCAUAACAAAUCUCGUUUCACUUAUUGGUGCAUGCGGUCUGGAAUUACUACAUUCUCACUUUGCAUAGUGUGGGCGUGGGCGGGGUGAGAAGCAAGUAACAAGUUGUAAUUUGACUAGUUAUUUCACCUGAAAACUAUUGUUUGUAUUAAAUCAAAUAUUUUUUUUUUUACCAGCAAGUGAAAUUGAAUACUCCUGUUCGGGAAAGUUCGUUAUGUAAAUCAUGAAUGACCCAAGGCCUUUUGAAACUAAGUUGCAAUUUAGUAUUUACGUCAUGGCGGUGUACAUUUCUUCUUUUUUCAAGCUGUAUUGCUAGUUUUAUUGUC